CACUGUCCUCUCUAUGCUUCAGCAAUGGCUUUGGCUGCUCUGAAAGAAGAACUCACCUGCUCCAUCUGUCUGAACAUUUAUACAGAUCCUGCAACACUGAAAUGUGGACACAGCUUCUGCGGGGAGUGUAUAGAGAAUGUGCUCGAAACACAGUCUGCAUCUGCAAAUUUUAAAUGCUUUACUUGUCCUGAAUGCAGAGGAGAGUUUGAGGCGUUCUCAAUGCCGCAGAAGAAUGUAAGUCUACAUAACAUAGCAAAGCAUGUCCUCUCUGCCAAGCAGGAAAAGGCAGUCGUAGAGAUCUUUUGCACUUACUGUAUUCAGUCACAGGUACCAGCCAUUAAAUCCUGCCUCUGGUGUGAGGCUUCAUUGUGUGAUGACCACCUGAAGGUUCACAGCAAGUCUAAAGAGCACAUCCUCAUAGAGCCCAUGACUUCAACAGCAAACAGAAAAUGUUCAAUUCAUGAUAAUGCCCUCUUGUAUUACUGCACAGAGGACACCUUGUGUGUCUGCGUCUCCUGUAGCCUGGCUGAAGAACACAAGGGUCACCAUAUUGAAUCAUUGAACGAAGCCUCCGAGAGGAUUAAAGGAAGUCUGAGGGAUCUUCUGAGAAAUCUAACCUUAAAGAGACAGGAGACCAAAAUGUAA